AUGGCUAGGGAUUGCUCUAACGGGGGCGGAAUGGUGGAAGUGAUGGAGUAUGUUAUAACUGUGGAGGAUUUGGGCAUAUGGCUAGGGAAUGUCCUAGUGGAAAUCGCGGCGGUGGCGGUUCCGGCGGGGCUGGUUUCUCCUGUGGGGAGCCAGGUCACAUGGCGAGGGAUUGUGUGCGCAGCGGAGGUGGCUACAGCCGUGGAGGCGGCGGAGGAGGCUGUUUCAACUGCGGUGAAUCUGGACACUUUGGAGGAGGCUAUUUAUUUUGUUAGGGUUGUGCCUGCCUGUUCUGAGGAAUUAAAGCCUGUUGUUGGUCAGAAGUUCCAAUCAUUAGAUUUUGCACUCGCGUUUUAUGAUGUGUAUGCCCGGGCCGUUGCUUCUAAUGCAAAAGAUGAUUUGAAUUUCACUCAUGUCAAUGGAAAGCCAAUCCGGAUCAUGUUCUCUCACAGAGAUCCUAGCCUCCGGAAAAGUGGAUAUGCUAAUCUCUUCAUCAAGAAUCUGGAUCAAGCAAUCGACACAAAGGCGCUCUUCAAGACCUUCUCUGCCUUCGGAACUGUGCUGUCUUGCAAGAUCGCAGUCGAUCACAACGAGAACUCGAGGGGCUAUGGCUUUGUGCAGUUCGACAAGGAGGAAGCCGCGCAAAACGUGUUGCGGCUGGCCAACGAGGCUGUCUUCCCUCGUGGUCUCGCCCUCCCGGCUCGUUCGAAAAUCUGGGGCCGAGACGGCCCGGUGACGAAGGCCAAAGUAGCCCUUAGGGAUUUCUAA